AGCGGCGGGAGAAGCGAUGGCUGAGGGGGCCGAGCUCGGGGCGGAGAUAGGGGGCGUCUUAGUCCAGGUUCAAGAAGAUCUUCAACAGCUGAAGGAGAAACUACGAGAUAUCAGCCAUGACUUGGAAGGAACAGAUAUUCAGACCCUUGAAGCUGCUAUUGAAAGAACAGAAAGUGGAUUGAAGAAGCACACCGAGAAGUAUUUAAGUGCAGUGAACAGAUCCAUAUUGACUAUUUCACAAACUGAUGGUAGAGAUCUGUGUUCAAGACAGAUUUCCAAAUGGGGGAUCCCCUUGGAGACUUCUCAGAAAGAAAUAACUUUCCCAGAAAUUUCUGCAAUUGCCACUAAGCCCAGCAGGUCGCUACUGCAGAUGUCCUCAGGUUCAAAGCACAAGUUUUCAGUGAUGAUGAAGAUUUUGUACAAUCCGGAAAAUGCCUGCCACCGAAGUAUUCUAAAUGAGAACUAUAGAGUUGGCCUGCCGCUCAUUAAUCAAAGAAAAAUGGCUUCUGCACCAACUCAGAAAGUGGCAAAAGGUGUAACUGUGGGCAACCUCUUGGUCGCUCCACCUUCCUUCCAUUUGAAUAAGGCUUACACAGGCUUGCCUGUGUCUGACAGAGAUGCAGAAAAAGGCAUCCUAAGUUUAAUUGAAAGGGGUUUGAUCCCUCGGGCUGCUAGGAUUACUCUUGAGAAGCCUCUUGUUCUACCCAAACCUGCUCCGCUUCACAAAAGGCACAAGAAACCAGCUGCAGAUGGAAAAAGAGAGAGCAGAGAGAUGGAAGUGAGCCCUCAUCUGUAUCAGAAGCCGUCACGCAUCUCCACUCACGCAAGCAAGGAAAAUAAGGGCAGCCUUGCUCCUCCCCCAUCCUGCAUCUCUGUCAUUCCACCAAAGAAACCAAAGGAAGAGAUUAUUCAGGAAGUUCAAAAGCAGGAGCUGGCCGGUAAUUCUGCCUUGCUGCCAAAGACCCCAGAAGUGACACCAGCUCAGCCAUUCCAGAAUCCAUUUUUGGAGUUUGAUAUACCUAUUCACAAAGGAGUCAUAGAUGAUGUAUCUACUGAUUAUCUUGGAUUCAAACAGCACUGCUGCUUAUUCUGGGGAAGUGCCCUUUCAUUCUUGGAACAAGUUGCAAAACUUCUGAAAGACUAUGUUGUGCCCUUUGCUGUCAUCAUGGGAAAGAAGGUGAUAGAAAUGAUUCCAGAUUUUGAACUUAACCAGAGUCUAACCAAGGAGGAACUGCUCAUGGUGAUAAAGAACGUGUCAGAGGUCAGAAAGAUCUUAUAUCAACCUGGCCAGAAAUAUAAAGGCCAAAAGGGCACUGAAAUGGCAGCCACUAAGAUCCAGGCUACUUGGAGGUGCUACAAGUUAAGAAAAGCCUACAUCCAGUUCAGAAGGCAGCAGUGGGCCUCGGGGGUGAUUGUCAUCUCUUGGCUUGUGCAUGUCCACAUGAGGCGUGUCCGUAAGAUGCUGAAGGAAUCACGACAGAGGCACCUGGCGAAUUUCUAUAUCAGAGCCAAGCAUCUGGCCGCCAACUGGAAUCGCAUCAGGACCUCUAGGAGGACCAUUAUCCAUAUCCCAUCAUUAGGGUACGCUCCAUCAGUUCGAGAGGCAACUCCUGAUUUUGCUAUUCAUCAAGGAUCACAGAUUGGAAGACUGUGUGAAAUACAAGAUUCUAAUGUGGAUGUCAUCUACAUUUGCCCCUUUCAACUGAGUGAGGAGAUGCUGCAGUAUUACAUCAAACUCUUGGGUCUGCAACAAGCCCUUAGAUCUGGGAACCCCGAGGACAUUGCUGACCUGCAGGGGAGGUUCAAAAUCCUCACCCCUGAAGCCUUAAGUAGUUUCCCUAAUCGGCCCAUGUCCUUGGCUACCUUCUUGAAGUACAGCCCCAGGACCAUCAAAAGGAUCAAAAACCUAAUUCAGGGCACGGAUACCUACAUUGUUGGAGGAUUUCUGAAUCAAGAUGAUCUUGAAGUGGCUGAUAUCUUAGAUGUGCCCAUUUUGGGAGCUGACCCGGAAGUGACACAUCUGUACAGUUCAAAGUCAGGAAGCAAAAGGAUAUUUUCUGCUGCUUGCGUCCCUGUGCCACCUGGCCAAUAUGACGUCUACAGCAGGCAGCAGAUGGUUGAAGUCCUAAGCCAGUUGAUUGUAGACUAUCCAGAAGUAAAGCGCUGGGUAUUCAAAGUGGACAAUGAAUUCGGGGGAAAUGGUACUGCAUACUGUGACAUCACCAGGCAUCUCCAGUGUUACCCCUGGAUUCUGAAGGAGAGUCAGAGAUAUGGUUCUGAGAUAUGGAAGAAGAGCUGGGCACAUGAACCAGCUUUGGCGAAGAUCUCCCAGGAGCUGCCGGGCCUUUUAGCACAGCACGCUCAGGCUGUCAAUGAGAAACGAUUUCCUACAUGGGGAAAAUUCCUCCAAACAUUUGUGAGUCAAGGUGGCGUCAUAGAAGCUUUCCCCCCAUCAGACAGCAUCACUAAUCUCACCGUGGAUAUGCUCAUAGAGCCAACAGGAGAGAUCACAAUGGUUUCCUGUGGGGAUCAGUUCCACGCCGACAGUCCCUUGCGGUCUUCGGGAACCACACUUCCUCAAUCUUCUGUUGAGCCACAGGUCCUUAACUUGCUAUGUUUUAAGAUUGGAGAGGCCUGCAGAGCUAGGGGAGUGGUUGGAUAUUUUUCUAUUGACUUUGUGACAUUUAUCCACCCCCAUACAAUGAGGCAGCAGGUGUGGGCGCUAGACCUGGACUUGCACUAUAGUGAUCAUCUGGCUUUGACACAGGUCUUGCUUUAUGUAACUAAUGGGACACUAGACUGCAGGCUAAGCUGCUUCCAAGUGCAACUCAUUCCAAGAAAACCAAAAGCCUCCCGUCCGCAGAAAGAACAACUCCAAGCUGGUCCCCUAGUUAAACGCCAUGUUGUUAUGAGCAGUUCAAUUAUGCAUGCUAAUCUUUCCCUCAUCUACUAUAACGUCUUCCUUCAGAUGUGCAAGGCUCAUGGCAUUGGAUAUGAUGUCCAGGUGAAAGAAGGAACCAUUUUUACAUUGUUUGAAGACCAGAAAAGAUACAGAUUUGGAAUGUUAACAAUUGGAGAACAUCUCCAGGGGGUCCUCAUGACCUUUGCUCAGCAUCUCUUCAUCAUCUAUCAAGAAUUAUCAGCACCUAAUAUGCAUGCCGAGACCAAUUUUAAGGGAGCAGUCAAAGAUAUUGAAAAAAUCCUGGGAGUUACAGAACAGAACAAGUUGAAAUUUGAAGAAGAAGAGGAAACCAGAAAAGCACAAGCUUCUAUGAAAUAGUUAGUGAAUAUGAAAUAGUUAAUGAAUGUUAACAUAGUCUUUGUUCUCGUGCCAUGGUAAAAUAAAUUCAGAUAGCCCAUUUCAGUCAUGUUACACCCAACCCAGAAUUUACAAGCUCUGUCAGUAUUCUCUGUUGAGUUUUUGGAAUCAUUUAAUAUCUGGGAUAUGGCAAUGGUUUUCCCCAGUUUUCAGAAAUUAUGUUCCAUGAAUGUGAUAUUGUAUCAUUUAGAGAGGGGGAAACAUAUGGGGAGAAACUGAACGAAGCCAUAUUCCCUAAAUUCUAUAUCAUUCCUUAGGAUGCAUGCUUACUUUCAGUUCAGAUUUAGCUGAGCUGCUUUAAAGAUAGGGGUGGGGAACCUUUAGCCUCCUGACAUUUUGUACUGCAAUGCCCAUCAGUCCCACCCUGCAUGGUUGAAGAUAAAGGACUGCAAGAACUGUGAUCCAAAACAGCGAAGGACCCAGAAGAAUUUAAGAAUUUGCAAAUCUUUUCCCAUUCCCAGCAUAACAUUGAGUACAAAAAGAAAGUACUGUACGUAAAAAGCAUCCAUGAAUAUGGUUUUGCUGAGUUAAAAUUUCUUCCAUCCUACGGGUUGAACACUGUUCCACAUGCCACGUGUUUCUCACAUCAAAUUAUUCCCCAGAUUCAAAUUCUUCAUCAACCUGCCACAGUUCAAUUAUUCCAGAGAUUUAUCCUGCAGUAAACUGGUUGCAUCAAAUGUUUUGGAUUUUUAAAGAAAAUACAUGUAACUAUAAAUAUGGAGAGAAGAAGGAUAAUGAGUUACACACUUGCAGGGAUUAUCUGUGUAAAUUGU